GCAGCAACACAGGGCACUGGUAUGUCCAAUGCAAGUGCGCCUGAUGAACAACUUCAGUCUAGGCCAUCUCAACCAAGGCAACCUGGUCAAGUACCCGCACCCGCCUCUGGGUCGCUCGCUUUUGCAGAUGCCCACACAGGAUCAGGUGGCUCAUAUGGUGGUGGCUCUAAAAGAAAGCUGGAUAGCUUUCAAGGCGCUCAAUCUCGACCACAAACACGCGAGUCCAGAGUCUCCGCCCAAGUGCAGCACAAACGCAGUAGCGAGACCUUGACUAGACUUCGGGAGACAUCUUCACCAGUGCUGCCUAGUCGAGUGGACCCUGUGCGUGCACCUGCAGCGAAGACGCAGCAACCGAAAAACUACAAUGAAAAUGUACUUGGUCUGACGCCAGGAAAUCUUGACCCUCAUUACACGUCCUCGGAAAGCGACUGUGAAGACGAUAGCCUUGACGAGGAAGCUAUGCUAGCACAUGGUCUUGGACCGAACCUGACCUUUCAUGACUCGAACGGGGAAAUGCGAACUCUGAAUACAGUGGCAGAUCUGAUGGCCUGGCGAAGUGCGAGACGAGCCAAUUUUCCUACCAGGGACCGUUUGAGCCAGAAACAUGCCGAGAAGAGGCAGAUUGGUUUGGAGCGCAAGAGGCUGCUCACAGAGGCUAGUGAGGCAAUACGUUUCGCCAUGUGCGCAGAGCUGUCAUCGAACAGGCCAUCGCCGUCACUGCGUACCCAGGCAUCCGUCCAAUCGACCAGGUCCAAGCUUGAUUCCAGCGAGCCGCAUGUAGAUAGGAAUGCAGAAUCGAGCUCCGUGGAUGGGGCGCUGUCGCACAACAAGACCGCGAGCGAAAGCAACAAUCUUGCCGCACAGAGUUUGCAACCUCGACCAUCUAUCUUCAUCCCGGAUCCGGCGAUUGAGGCAGCAGGUGCCGAGUCUACACACGGCAAGAGAAUUGCAGACGAGCGAAGACUAGAUGCUCAUUUAGCGUCAAGUAAUGAACACGGAAGGCUGGAUGCUAGUCAAGUUGAACACGAGACAAUCCCCACGGGUAACAACGAUGCGUCAGACCCAGAUUCGAGCGAGGACCCCCCGGAAGAGACAACGUUCAAGCAGCACAAUGCGGCGAAGACGAUGAAUACGCCGUGCAAAUACUUUGUGGCGAGCGGGUACUGCCGCGAUGGCAGCACGUGUCGCUUCAAGCAUGAGCUUCCAAAGAGAGUCGGACUGGAGCAUAAGCGCAAGGUUGAUUUGCAGAAGAGCGACCCGUUUGCACCUGCAUUGGACGAAACAGGCUAUGACAGCAGGAAAAGUAUACAUCGGCGUCUGCUGGAGCGCGAUCGGGAUGAUCAAGACCAGCUCGCAUUGCAGGUCAUCAAAUACCUUGGCAGUAAGCAAUUCUUCUCAAACGGACAGCGGUCAAGGUAAGGUAGUUGAGCAAGCCAAGAUGUGUGUGUGUGUCUGCCUGUAAGGACUACCUGAGUCCUUCCAUGACAAAGUCGUUUGGACAGCACAUAUUGAAUAGCCCUUCGAUGGAAGAGAACCAUGUUUAGCAUUAGACUCAAGGCCGACACCUACAUCCAAUUCCGUGAGGACUCCAAUAGAUUCUAUCGCUUUGACGCUCCGAGACACAAUACUUCCAUGAUCAAAUAUUCACAUGCGUGGCACAUUCUUGUUCAACAGAACCCGCUUUGACGCCUUUAGCCGCACCAUCUUAUUAACGCAGACCACACAUGGUGAUCAGCACAGUCUCCAUGGUGCCCUCGUCUCCGUGCACAUCUCCCAGGUAGCCAAGCUUUCCGAGACCAAUUCCUGUCAACGCGGCUGGGGUCUGGCUUUUGUUUGUGGAUGGGGGCCAGACACAAGAUUGGACACAAGCUGCGGGUGCAGGUAAGUAGAUUGCGUCCGCUGGAUCAACAUCGCAAAGGUGACGAGCCUCCGGACUGUAUCGUGACAUGAGAGCAGCCGCAUCGGUGCGGCGGGCAGCUCGAUUGAUGGUAUACUCGGCGCGUUGAUAUUCGCCUGUCCUCCAGUAGAGGCCGAACGACGAGAAGAGUUUCAUGGCGUCCAUGUCAUGGACGAAAGACGGGAAAUGGCAACAAAAGACCAGAGUGCCGCCAUGGUUCUGGACGAAUUGCCGAGCCUCAUCCCUCAAUGCAUCGUAUCUGGGCUCCGCCAGAGCCUGGUCGGUUGCGAGGAUGAUGGGAUAGAGAUUGCUGCUGAAAAGCACACUGGCCUGGGCUUCGGUGGUGACGGAGUCGACGUCGGCUUUUUCAGACAGUCCAGACAACAAGCGAGAGAAGGUCCUUUCAAAUGCAGGCUGCUUGUUGAGCUGGAGGAGUGCCAGCUUUGGUCUGCGAUCGAUCUUGGGCUUGUUGGCGGCAUGUGGUGGUGGUGGUGGUUGUGGUGGCCGAGCAGGACCAAAGAAGGGCCUGGCGGUCUGUUGGGAGUAGACUGCGGCUCUCGAGGGCAUGAUGAAGCAAGCGAUGGCGAUGGCGAUGGCGAUGGCGAUGGCGAAGCGGACGAACGCACAGAAAGCGAGUCAGUCAGUCGACGACAGACAUGGCGAGAUAUGAGGAACGCGAACAGACACAUGCGGCCAUGAUAGUUCUGAUAUUCAGGAGCGGUGAGUGUCACCGCAUCGUGAGCGACCAGGACCCA